UAGGCCGAACAACAAGGCGAGGAUGUUCCCUCGUUUGGAGUGGCCCACGCCAGCACCACUACCACCGCCACCACCGCCAGCAAAAAGCGCCAACGAACGGAGAGGCACGCUUAAUUUUGUCAAAAAUCGCAUGGAACGGACGUUAGAGACUGGCGAUUUGGCUGACGUCCAGUUCUCCGUUGGCCGGCAUUUCGGGCCAGCCAAGAUCUUCCACGCGCACAAGUUCGUGCUAAGCAGCGCUAGCGAUGUUUUCUACACCAUGUUUUACGGAAGUUUGCCUGAAAAGUGCGAUGGUCCUAUCGAUAUUCCGGAUAUUCUUCCCGAAGCGUUCGAUAACAUGUUGAGGUAUAUUUAUGCCGAUGGGCGGAAUGAAACAAUAAACGAUGCGUUCCCCACGUUGAUGUGCGCUGAUAAAUACGACUUGCCACGGCUGGCCGACCGCUGUUUCAACUGCAUCCUUCGUGACCUCGCUGAUAUGAAUCGCAAUUUUAGCCGUUGCUUGCUGCAUUUGGAAAACGCGCUGAUGUGGGCAGUUGGUAUUGAAGGUGUCGUGGAAAACUGUCUGCAUUAUGUGGAUGUGCAUUGUGAGGAGAUCAUCAAGUCGGAACGGUUCGCUGAGUUACAACCCAAGACGCUGCACAUGAUUCUGGAGCGCGACACCUUGUUUGCCGAGGAGAACAUCAUUUACAUGGCCGUUAAUAGAUGGGCUUCGGCAUGCUGCAUUCGGAACAAUUUAGAACCAACACCGCAGAACCGGAGACAGGCUUUAGGAGAAAUCUUCUUCCUUAUCAGAUUUCCUUUGAUGACCGUCACACAACUCGCUGACGGUCCCGUGAAUGAUUCGUUGCUGCUUCCAGAAGACUUACAGGCCAUUCACCUUCAUAAGCAUGCCACUGAGAAGCCCCCUCUGCGUUUCUCCACGUUGCCCCGACGGUCCCCAGUCAUCCGUGUUGGAGAUUUGGAGUUCAAGCACGAGGAGGAGGUAUUCGUGAAUGAUCGGCAGUACUGGUGUCCUUCGGAAGUGAUCGGAGUAUGUGGGUCGGAAGCCGUCUGUAUGGCCUUGAAAGCCGAUGGAGACCACGUGGUGAAGCGAGGCACGGAGAAUAUCAUUCGCGCAUCGGAUAUUUUGACCGCCGAUCAGGACAUUGGAUACGGGAUCUGGUGUCAAGAUGUACAAGCAAAGUACAGCGGGCUAACAAACGGUUGUCAUUUCGUCACAUUCGACGACAAUGAAGAAGAGGUGUCAUUCCGCGAAAUUUUUCUCCAGAACGGACAAGUUGAUGCAUGGCGAAAGGCCUUUGAUGAGAGCGAAAAAGGGAAUAGCAUUAAGAAACGUUCUUUGGAUGCCGCUGACCUGGCUUAGGCCUUAAGCUAGCUUAUGCACUACUAACACCGUAAUUCGCUUCUUAUAUUGUUUAAUUCCACGAAUAAACGCAUGAAACAUCGUUUUAGUGUUUAUAAUUUACAAAAUCGUUGCACUUUAAUGCUUACCCAUUUAUAAUCAGAACUGUUGCUGCGGC